AUGAAAGUUAUAUAUAUUAUAUUAGGUUGCCUUAUUAGCCAUUAAAAUUCAAAGUGCGUCGAAUUAAAAAAUCAAUCCUAAAUUACUUGUUAUUCAUUCACAUAAAGGUGUUGUAUAAUAGAAGGAGAUGAAGAAGAUUUUUCGAACCUCCAAAAAAUCAAUACACAAAUUGUAGAAAAGUCAUUCUAAAUUCCAUAUUAAGAAGAACCGAUUCUAACUAGACUCGUCACAUCUUUGAAUCAAAAUAAAAUACACAAAAGGUUGAUGUGCUCCUUGUUUGUUAGUUUUGAAUAUUAUAUCAUUUGUACGGAAUUCGACUUAGUUUUAUAUGAGGAAUAAACUAAUUAUAGUGAAUUAAUUAGGAUAGAUACAAAAAUAUUAGCUAAUGAAUUUUGUGAUGAAUUAUUUAGAAAUGAAGAUGAAAGUUUGAGUUUAUUUUGUCUCGAAUAGUCAACUUUAAAAUAAUAUUCUUUGUUUUUCCAAAAAAAUGUGAAUUCAAUUUUGGAACAUGAUGUUUCAGACCAAAUCAAAGAUUAAUGCAAAAAAAAAUAAUUUAAAUUGUAGGAUGACUAAUACUUCAUUAUUUUUUAUCAAUGUUCGAAAUGGAAAAUUUUGUUGAUUAAAAACAAAUAAGCUAAUACUUUAUUCGAUUCUUAAAUGAAGUGCUAGGAUAGUUAGCUAUCAAAUAUGUCCUUUAUUGAUGAUGUAGCUUUCUGUAAUUUUAAUUAUUUUUCUUCUUUUAUCUAUUUGAUAGAAAAUAAUAUGUAUGUGUAAUUGAAUUUCAAUUAAGAUAAAGUCAAAAUUAUGAGUUGCUUAUAAAUAUAAUAUGCAAAUCGAAUUCAGAAAAUACUAAUUUAACCGAAAUGUUUAUUUAUGAUUUUAGUCAAUGAAUUAGAUGAAUCUGAUUAAUCUUAAAAAGCAUUGCAGAUCCUACUGAAUUAGAACUAUUCAAUGGAUAAUAUUCACUUUUAUUAGAAUCUUCUUUUCCUUUAAAACCAAUUUUAAUUAGAUGUAUUAAUAAAUGUUAGAAUUAAUUAAACAUAUCAAAUUUGCAACACUACAUUGUAUUUUUUUGAUUUUGAUAAUUUAUUCUGUUAAUAUGAUUCAGCCAAAAAAGUGUUAUAAUUUUAUAAGUAUUAAGCAUUAAGUACUGUUGUAAAACCUAAGUAGAAGUAUGUAUAUGUAAUUUAGAAAAUAAAUUUGUUUAGAAAAGAUGAUAUUAUAAACUGUUUUAAAAUUCUAUACGAAAAUAACACUUAGAAAGAAAUACCAUAAUCCACUGAUUUGAUGAUUUUCCAAAAUAAUUGUUAAAAUAAGUAAUAUUAAAUAUGGAAACCAACCUAUCCUAAUUACUUUAAAAAUAGUACUUACAAUUUUUAUAGUGUUGAUGGAAGUCUUAACUUAAGUAUCAAGAAAUAUUAAGACUUUCAACAUUAUUGUAUUUCAAGACUUUCUAAAUCUUAUUUCUAGGAUAAGUUUUAUCUAAAAGAAAAGAUAAAUAGCUACAUAUGUUUUGAAUAAGGAUCAUUUUUUAAAAUCUAUGAUUGCUAAUAAUAAAAAUUGUUAAUUUAAGUUAACGUAAGUUAAUAUUAUGUACUUAAAUGUGAUUUAGGCUAUUAUUUUAUAAACAAAAAUAAGAAUAAUUAUAUGAGAGGAGUUAUCUUUAAAGAAGGUUCUCUUUCUCAUUUCAAUAUCAAAUUAAAUGAAGUGAUUACAAGUUUUAAGCAUAUUUAUUAAAGUAUAUUACUUUACACAAGCAGUUCUAAUUUGCCUCUUAUCAUAUAAAUGAAUUCUUCGCCAUAUCAAAAUUACAGCUAUCUAUCAAAAACCCUUUAUUAACCAGAACCUAUUAUAUUCUAUUUUGAGUUUGGGAAUUCAAAGUUUAUACAAUAUUCAAGUAUUUUAGCGAUAUAAAAUACGGAGAAUUUUAGAUGCUAUAAAUUUUCAGAGUUACAAAUAAUUUCUAUUCAAUCUGAAUUCAUAACAGACUGUUACUCUAUAGUUGCGAUACAAAAUUAAACUAGUUCUUUAAUUCUAAAAUAUUUUAUCGAUUAAGAACUACUUUAAAUAUAAAAUUACACCUUUUAGAACUAUUCAUUUUAUUAUCCUGUUAAGUACUCAAUACUCACUAAUAACUUAGCUAUUUUAAUUGAAUAAAAUAAAAUGUUAUACAUAGCCAUUUUUUUAUAUAAUUAGUCUCUGCUAUCAUUAGAUGAAAUUAUCCCAACUGAUGAUCCCUUUUUUUAAAUUCGAUUCAAAUCUUCUAUUUUUUUCCUCUAAUAAAGUUUGGAAGUACUCAUUCUUGAAGCAAUUUCGAGUCGAAUUGAAAUUAAAAUAAUUUCAUUAAAAUACCAUUUCAUAAAACUUUUCAGUAAACUAAAAAGAGGAGGGAGGUGUUGAAUUAAAGAUUUAAAUUUAGAAUCAAUGCUUUAAUUUAUCUUCUCUCAUGAAAUCCUCUAUAAUUGAAAUUGAAAAUAAUAAAAGUUUGAAACUAAAUAUUACUGAUAUGUUUUAUGGUCCCAUUGGUAAUUUAACACUUUUAAAUAAUAAAAACAUAAUUUUGAAGGGACCUUUUCAAAUUAAGUAAGAUCUUUUAAUUUGUAAUGAUGAAACCUCAACAUUAUGUAUUAGACAAUAUUAUUUAAAAGAAAAAAAAAGAAUAUUAAGUUUUUAAGUAAUUCUUUAGGAAAAUUAAAUUUUUGAAGUAAUUAAUCGAAACUAAUAGAAUAAUUAUUACGUAACCUGGAUAAAGUAGUAAUAUUACCUGUACGUUUCAUAACUUUCUGACUAUCUUAAUAUUGAAUUAAUUGAAUGUUUUGAAAAAUUGGAUCAUGCUUGUAAAGUGAUGUCAAAUCUUACUGUAGAUAUAAAAAUUGAUUAAAUUAAUAUGGCAGAUACAAUGAGAGUUGGUAAUUUAAUAAAACUGAAAGGUAAAAAUGCUGAUGCUUUUAUUAUUAUUGAUGAUAUCAAUUAUAAUAUAUCAAUCUUACCCUUUACUAUAAUAGAUAUUCUAUAUAUUGAAAAUUCUAAUGAUUAAUAUCUAAUCCUAUAGAAAAAUAAGACAGAUUCAAAUGAUUUAGAAUUAACUAUAUAUUCAAUCAAUUUAAAUCAAAAUCAUAAGACAUACUCAUUCGCAAUCACUAAAAAUACCUAUGCAGAAUUGAUUAAAAGUGGGAAAUUA